AGGCAGCAAAAUGUGGCGGAAAUGGCCAAUUACACAAUAUGAAGACCAUUAUCAAGAGCCAUGUACGCUCAAAUAAGGAAAUGUAUGAGGAAGCAAAAAAUGCCAUGUUGGAGAAGGUGGAUGCUUUAAAGAGAACCAUCCUGGAGGAUCUGGAGAAAGCCAUGACAGAAUCCAUUGAAUUUUCUCUCAGGACUGACAACAACUCACUCCCAGAUGUUUCAGAAGAGCUAGAGAGAGUGACAAAACAUCAUGAUGAACUUUUAAGCAGUCAACAUUAAAAAAUGUAACUGGGUAAAUACUGAUAAAAUGUUUUUGUGCUAAAUAAUGUGAACUGAUCCACCCAGCAGUUGCUCUAAAUCCAUGGUGUAUAUACGGCUCCAUUUUAGUGAAGCUGACUUUUUGUGAAGAACACAAAAACAACACUAGUGUGAACAUUUUUUAUGAACACGUCUUAGGCAAAUUUUAGGGGGAUUUUACUGUUGGUCCUCAAUGGCUGAGCAUUUAUCUCUCUGAUUAUUUCAAAAAAUUUAUUUCUGAUAUUUCAGGUCACCCGUGAUAUCUUCAGUCACAUUUUUCAAGUUGCUUUGUGUUCUCUCUUUGAAUGUUAUGCUGAUGCUUACUUUUGACUUUCAAUCAAGUCUUUACAUCUGAAGUCAUUAGCUGUUUCCGGAUACAAACUCUGCUUCAGGUCCAAUUCAUUAAGGCACUUGUGUUUUAACAUGUUUUCAUGCUUUGUAUCUUGUUCUAUUUAAUCUGAACAAACCCCUGAAAAAAGUCGAUGGUCAUUGUUGCCGUCUCUGGGUUUUAUUAGCCCUA